GGGGCGAGGGAGGGGGGGCGUCCUUCCAGAUUUGACUGCUCCGCUCCUGAUCACAGAACAAAUAACAUGGACGUUCAUUGCCUCCUCCGCCAACCCCCUUCUCCUAUUUCUGCCCCCCACCUUCCGCCUGUGGUUGGCCCCCCUGCAUCCACCCUUCCGUGCAGCCCCCUCCCCUGCCCUCCCCUCCAUCGCUUAUCCGCGGCAGCGUGACGGGGGAGGCGGAGCUCCCCUCUCGCUGAGCUGCCUUCGCCGCCUUCGCUGCCUUCACCGCCGCCGCCGCCGCCGCCUUCGCUCGCCCUCCUUCCAACCUGCAGCGAAGAUGAUCCGUCGCCGCUGAAGAGCAAGACGAGCAAGGACUAUUUUUUGGUUGCGUUUGCACGGCGGGGUAGAAAACGCAGAGGCCGGGAAGGCGGAGGUCCGGGAAACACGCACCCAAAUCGGCCCGAGAGGACGGUGGACAUCGGCGGUUGACACCCCCGCGAAGGCGCCCCCCCUCCCCUCCUCUCCCACCACCGCGUCCCGCCUCAUCCCUUCCAUCCUCGCGAAUUCGGAAAGAAGGGAUUAUAGCCGCCGUUGCCGCCGCCGCCAUCGGCGAUCCCCCCCCGGAUUUGCAGCGUUCCUCCCCGGCCUCAGCAGGGUCCUCCCUCCUCCCAGCCAGCCGGGGAUGCGGCGCCUUGUGCGGGAUAGAGUCGGACGAGCAACCGGGCUCUCAUCCGCAGUGGACCCAUGAAAGACAUUUGACACGAGCACAGAUGGGAUGAAAAUGCGGCGGCACAGGGUGUUCUUGCUGUGCACGGUGGGCCUGUGCGUCAUCUCCUUCCUGCACUACUACAAGGCCCUCCACUAUGUGUCCCUCCUGCGCGAGCUCUCGGCGCCGUAUCCCAACAUCAAGUCCAUCGUGGUGGCCGGAUUCUUCUGGCAGGAGAAGGGACCCGGAACGGGCACGCCGCUCAGCCCCGCUUCUCCCGAGGAGGCGCCCCCGCUGCCGGUCCUCCGCCCGUCGCUCCCCAAAACCAGAGCUUCGGCCGAGGGGGACCGGGUCGCGGCCGAGGCGGAAGGGACCGGCGCGGUGGCCAGCGCGGGACUGGAGAUGAGGAUCGGGGAGGUGCCGGCGCCUCCUCACCCUUGGGAGAAACCGGACGAGAACCCGAGGGGGGACCUUCCGAGUCGGCAGCAACAGGAAGACGGCCUUCCCCUACGGCAUCCCACCCACCUGACCGGCGACCCGGCCCACCCGACGGCGUUCCUCAAAACCGGGCCGCCCUCGGACUCGUCGGAAUCCAUGGGCGACCUGCACACCCGCACUUACCGGCUGCGAGACGACAAGACGCCGUACUUUGCCCGAACCCGAGCCGGGGCGCUCUGCUUCCGACAGGGCACCGAGGUGGUCGGACCCAAAGCGGGCGGCGCCGGCGGGGCGGCCGCCCUCCCCGGCGGGGCCGCCGGCACGGGCCGUCGCAAACCUCUGCAGCUCCAGCAGCGGGCCUCGGCGGCGCCCAAGGCCAAGACCCGGGCCACGCGGGGCGGGCGGCGGCUGGUGAAGUGCGUGUGCCGGCCCGGUUGGCACGGCCCCUACUGCGGGGUGCCCACCAUGGUGUACCACUCCAACCUGCCCACCAAGGAGCGUCUGACGCCCAGAGAGUUGCCCCGCCGCGUCAUCAACGCCAUCAACGUCAACCACGAGUUCGACCUGCUGCACGUUCGCUUUCACGAGCUGGCGCAGGCCGUCGACCUCUUCCUCGUGUGCGAGUCCAACUUCACCGCCUACGGCGAGAGAAGACCUCUCAGUUUCCUGCGUCUGCUCCUGAACGGCACCUUCGACUACGUGCGCCACAAGAUCCUGUACGUGUUCCUGGACCAUUUCCCCGAUGGCGGGCGACUGGACGGCUGGAUCGCCGACGACUACCUGCGCACGUUCCUGACGCGCAACGGCAUGUCGCGGGUGGAGGGCGGCCGGCCGGACGACGUCUUUGUCAUCAACGACGCCGACGAGAUCCCGGCUCGCGAGGGCCUCCUCUUCCUCAAGCUGUUUGACGGCUGGACCGAGCCCUUCGCCAUCCACAUGCGCAAGUCGCUGUACGGCUUCUUCUGGAAGCAGCUGGGCUCCCUGGAGGUGGUGUCGGGCUGCACCACGGGCAUGCUGCACGCCGUCUACGAGGGCGACGGCAUCAAGCUGCGCCGGCGCGAGUACUACACCAUGGCGGCCUUCCGCAAGUAUGAGAACGACACGGGCCACAUCCUGGUCCAGUGGUCCCUGGGCAGCCCCUUCCACUUUGCCGGCUGGCACUGCUCCUGGUGCUUCCCCCCCGAAGGCAUCCUCUUCAAGCUGGUGUCGGCCCAGAACGGCGACUUCCCCCGCUGGGGUGACUACGAGGACAAGCGCGACCUGGGCUACAUCCGCCAGCUGAUCCGGACCGGCGGCUGGUUCGACGGCUCCCUGCAGGAUUACCCGCCCGUGGACCCCAAGGAGCACAUGUACGCACCCAAGUACAUGCUGGACCACAACCAGCGAUACCGCUACCUCCUGGACAACCCCUACGCCGAACGACGCUGACCCGAGCGGGACCGGCCUGGGAACCGGACCGGACUGGACGCGACCACUGGAUUUACGCAAGCGCUCGUUCCCCCCUCCACUCUUUCUUGUCGUCACGUUUGGAGACUUCCUCUUCACACACACACGCACCUUCCUGCGUGUGUGUGAGAGAGACGGACUACUCGCGUGUGUGUGUGUUUGGACCAACGAGCCAUCAUCAGUCCUCAAUCCGUUCAAAGGAGGUUUUUGCUGUGAUUUGAUUGCACCCACAUGUGGAUCGCAAGUGUGUGUGUGUGUGUGUAUGGGGGAGUGUGCGUGUACUAAUCCGUUGUGAGUUACCAGUGUGCGUGUGUGUGUGUGCGCGCGCUUUUGUAUGUUAAAGGGAGGUUUUGCUGUGGUUUUGCCCCCCCCCACCCCUUCAUGAGAAUUGCAGGUGUGUGUGUGUGUGUGUGUGCCAAUCAUAAGUGAGUGUUGAGCGUGUGCGCGCGCGGCAGGCCAAAAGAACUUUUGACUCCUCCUCGGAAACAAAUCGUACGUCCCGAGAAGAUGAGCGAGUGGGCACUUCCGUGUGCGUGUUUUGUUGAUAUCAAAUAAUGUUAGUCACUCAAGUUCAACUUGUAUUUGGUGUGACGACGGCGACGGAAAAGGACGGCGGCGCCCAUGUUGACUGCGCAAAAGACACUUGCUCGCUACCAUGGUGACAGAAAACAGGCCAAGACGGUGGUUGCUAGGGUAACAGAAGACAAGCCAAUGCUUAAUUACCAUAGUGACAGAAGACAGGAAAGUGGUUACCAUGGUGACCAAAAACAGGGCCGCUGAUUUUAUCCAUAUCGUUCAGUAUUUGUAAAGAAAGUAAAAGUGCUUUGGUUGCCAUGGAAACGCUGCAAUCACGGCAAUAAAUCAGAGCUGAGAGGCUUUGGGGCGCGCAAGCUGCAAUCAAGCUUCAACAUCUGGGCGUUAGCGCAGCACGCGUGGCGAUGACCCCCGUGACCCCCGUCGCCGCGGCAACCGUCCUCACCACAGCGUGCCGAUGGCGUGAUGUCAUCGAGUUAGCCUUCAGCUUCGGAGCCAAUGUUGACAUCAACAAGAGCUUUAGUUUCAUUGGAAUGACUUAUUUUUGAACAAAUCAAGAUUAGAUUUUUACAUUAGAAUGAUGAGGUUGUAUAAAGCAACACAAAAUGAAUAAGUGUUCCCAUAAAACUUAUCAACACAAAACACCAAACUUUGCGGAUGUUGUUUGGCUCUUCCAUUGACCCUUUUUAUUUGGGCUACCUAACCUGAAAUCAAGGAGUCCGCUCAUAUUUAACGAUUCGGGGAUUUUUUUUUUUUUUUUUUUUAUGCGUGUGUGCCUGCAAUUCUCAUGUGCUAUUUCUCCAGUUCACCUUCAAACAAUCAUAUCCUGGGUUUCCGUGGCAACCGGCCGGCGGAAGUAGGAGGAACGACGGGGAGGGAAGGGAGGAAUCAUUGAUUAUUUUUGCACAUUUUCUGUCUUGUUUUGAUGAAAUUUAUGCGUGUGUGUUUCUAUUUAAAUUGUGUUGAAAUGGCAUCUACUUGGCAGCUUGAUAUUUAAUAAGUGGUUUGCGGCGUGCGUGCGUGCGUGCGAGCGAGUGUGCGUGUGUCAGCCUGCUGUUGGAAAAGACGUUCACUCACUCACUCACUCACUCACUCACUCACUCACUCACUCACGCGUCUCUUACCUCCUCCAAAGCCAUCAAGUAACCAAUCACUGAGGCUUUUGUUUUUGUUCUUUUUGGCAUGGUUUUCCCGCAUCGCUCGCUGUGAUUGUCCGUUUUCUGAUGCAUUUAGCAGCGUGAAUGCACCUUAUUGAUUUGUGUUAACAUUGGGUCAUUAACAGGGUUGUUCUGUUAUCUUGAUACUAUUUUUAUGUUGUUGUUAUUGUUUUUGGAAAAUGUGUGAAAAUGUGUUAUUUUUCCCAUCUUUUUGUACUAAGCAAAAUGUGUUGAAGCCAAAGCGUGGUAGCAUCGACAACACGCACGCACGCACAACACAUUAGCCCCUUUCGCACUAUUCGUUCGAGCGCGACUGUAUGCCGGUCAAGUGAACUUCUUACUGUGCGUGUUGACCCCAAAUAGGUCAUAGAAGUUGACCUGCAAAAUUUGGUUUCCCUUCCCACUGUAUGUGUAAAAGGUAGUGAGUGACACGAAAUGUCUUGUUGAAGUCCACUUGUGAAUUUCCUGCCUUCCACUAUCAAAUUUGCGACUGUGUGGUGCAGUGUCACUGUGUCAAAAUUGCUCUUUGCUGGGUUCCGUGUGAAAGGCACAGGCAAAUAUUUUGCGGAAGCUCACGGCUGUCACGUGGUCACUUUGCAGGCUCUCCGUCGAAAGCGUGUGUGCGCAUUUUGCGGCAGUAUUAGCCGUAAGGGCCGAGCCACAUCCAUUUUCCCUCGCUUUUGUGUGAAAGGGGCUACUGUUUGUCGCUGGCCAAUAAAAUGAUCCAAAUACUGACAGCUUUAUUUUAAAAGCACGUGUGAAAUUUUGGGGGGGACUAAUUGCAACUUGUGUACCCCCUCCGUACGUCCCUGCACUGAUUGUUCAAGCUCACAUAGUUUUAUUUUUUAUAUCUUUUUUGUCUUGUUGAUUUCAGUGGAGUGAGUACUUGUGUGUAUGCGUAUGUGUGCGGUCCGGUGGCUCGGUGUUCCAAGAGGAAGACCCCCACAGACCAAAAAAAGGGCCUGGGGGGUAAGAUACUUUCACACAAAAUAAUAAAAGACUAUCGGGGGGUGAUGGGAAAAAAGGAAAGAAAGAAAAAAAAAAAAAAAACAUUUGUAAGUGAACUCGAGUGGUGUUUACUCAAAUGACGUAUGUAUGUUAAUCAUCAACAACCACGAAAGUUCUAUGGCAAAGAUAUAAUAAAUUAAUUUCGAAAUUUCAACCAUGUUCUGAUGAUGUGUGAAAGCUUUAGUGACAUGACAUUUUUCGGACGCUUUCCUAUAUAAAAAUGAUCAUUUUUAGCGGGGUAAUGAAUGCUAUUUGGUGCAUGUCAAUAUGAAAAACGUUCCAUCUCUAUAAUAAUAAUUACCUUUACACUUCACUGGUUAUCGAGCCCGUUGGUAUAAUGUUUCAAAAUUAUAAUAUUGAUGGAACUGCGUCCCCAAAUUUCAUCUAAUGUUAAAAAUGCAUUCCAGUCGUCCACAAAAAUGCAGCGUAGUAAUGUAUCGCACGAGGUGGUUUCUUGCACCUCUUAGCGGUGAAAGAGUGAAAAGAAAACCCCUUUUUGAGGAGGCCAUGCCACAUUGACGUAAUGCUCAAAGGUGACCGCAUAAAGUCGCUGGCGUAUCAAAAUAUGAGACCACGUGCUCAAACGUAUUGUGACGCCAUUGCGGAAAGUUUGAACCUUAUCCGUCAACAUUGUCACUUUUCAAGUGGUCUGGGGAAAAAAAGAAAGAUGAAUAUUUAAAAUGGAAAGUUACAAGAUCUAUGUGUU